CUACAUCUCAACCUCGCCCUACUUAUGAGGAGCAAUACUAUUAGGUCAACUAGAACAUUCGGCAGGUGUUACACCCCUAAGUUAGGGUACGUCCUACAAACAUUUUUAAGGUAUCUCGACAUCCUCGUCAUCACCGUGAAACCUCAAACUAGGUUAGUUUCUCGUCGGUGGGUGAUUCUGUCUGAUUCCGUGCUUCAGGUAACAAGAUAAGAUGGCAUUUUUCUUUGGAUUUCACCGCUUGCUUCGUCACUCUCAAUCCCCACUUGUUAGCUCCCAUUUCACUUCCAUUCGUCUCAAUUCAACUCUCACUUCCCCCAAACUCUUCAUUAGCGGUCUUUCAAGACUGACAACAGAUGAAAAACUUACAGAAGCAUUUUCUCCUUUUGGACAGCUGUUGGAAGCUAAGGUGAUAACUGAUAGAGGCUCUGGAAGAUCGAAGGGUUUUGCUUUUGUAUCUUAUUCAACCAUAGAAGAAGCUGAGAAGGCAAGAGAAGGCAUGAAUGCUAAAUUUUUGGAUGGUUGGGUUAUAUUUGUUGAUCCUGCCAAACCAAGAGAACCCAGACCUCCUCAGCAGUCACAAUCUCAGCCGUCUCAAACAGGCUUCACCGUAAAUAAGACCGUUGGGUGGUGUGGUUGAUGAUUGAAGAAACUUGAUUGAUUAUUCUCAUGUGUUGAGGGUAAUAAUAAUAAUAAUUUAAGGACCAUAUUAUUCAGCAUAGCCAACUAUACUAUAAAAAAAUUUGUGCUAAUCAGUGAUAAUUGAUUUUUGCACUUUGGCCAUAAGGCAUUAUUUUUAUUGUUUAAAAUUUUGAUGUCAAAUUGGAAACUAAAUGCUAAGUUUUCAUUGCCAGUAAAUUUUUCCUUAUAAUUAAUUGUAUUAUUGACAGAUAGCUGCUAGUAAAUUUUCAUUCCUAUGGUCAAA